AACUUUUGUAGCUGUAUCCCUAUAUAAUUCUGACAAUCUCUCACAAACAAAUACUGUGAGUUAAUCUACUGUACCUUUCAAAUACUUGUAAAAAAGUGAAAAAUGUCCUCAACUUCUGUCAAAUCUUAAUCUGUGCAUCCAACCUAUAAAGCCAUAAUGGAAAAGGAGGAUAGUCAUGGAAGUCUUUGUCUGCACUGUGGUUUUGAAGUUUUUGUAAUGGAGUACUAGGAUAAUACAGUAUGAUUCCUUGUGAUAAUCUUUCUGGGAUAGUUUUAUUUGGUUUAAAGUUUUAAUCUUGUAAACAAUGUCACUGUAAUUAUAUGAGAUUUUGUGAAUCUGGGGUUGUACGGUAGCAUUUUCAUUGUGUAAGUGAGAUUACACGUCAGUGUCUGGUCAGAAUCGGGCGUUUCUUUAAUAUUCGAUGUUUAUGUUUGACCCAUCAUGACACUGCAUUGGAAUAGAAAACACCCUUUGAAAAGAAGAUAUUUUUGGCCCUUGGUUACAGUAGGAUUAUCCGCCAGGUUGAUUUUACCCAUUUCCAUAUUCACACACCCUGGAGUUACAUUUCCCCAAACCAUAUCAUUGCGUCUCAUGUGUGUCUAUAUCCAUAAACGUUGCAGCAGAAGAGAAGGAGGAGGAAUUUGAGGUCCUCAUUGUCCCAUCGAUUCUAUUUAUUCCUUCAUUUUGACAAUGGGCAUUAUCCCCAUAUUUGGUAAGUCAUGGAUGGUGGAAUGCCCACGUAAGUGGUAGAUCUCAUAUCAAAGGUCUUCUUCGUCUUCCCUUUUUUUUAUAGCACUGCAAAUCAUGAGUGUGGGUUGAAGCGGCUCCCCCUCUGUCUGCUAAACUGCCCACCAUGUUUUUCAUGUCCCCUGUCUCCUAAACGCCCACCAUUUUUAUCUAGGCUUUCUAUUCCACCCAAAUCAAUAAGAUUUCAGCCAUCCCCACCCUUUAUCCUUGUGCCAUUUGAGUUUACUGUAAGCCUUUGGGAUAUUCUCUCAAUUGGGUGCCCGCUCCUCCUCUUUUUUCGAAGAGUUGGGUUCCUUAGAAUGGAUCCCAUGGGUCCCUAAGCAUCUUUACUGUGUAGAAGGAAUAAUGAUGGUAUGAAGCAGUGAGAGCCCUCGAGUGUGAAUCAGAGGCACACAUGGGUGAUGAGCAGUGUGAAGUUAUUGAGGAGGAUGAGGAAAACGCUGAGAGCGGCAGCUCAGUUGGUUGUCAGAGGAUUAAAAUGAAAGCCCAGCCUAUCUUCCCUUAUGAGGUUCUGGAACAUGUUUUAGCCUUUGUGAAAUCUCACAAAGACAGGAAUACAGUAUCAUUGGUUUGUAAGGCAUGGUACAAAAUGGAGUCAUGUACUAGGAAUGAGGUGUUCAUAGGGAACUGUUAUGCUGUUUCCCCAGAGAUCGUGGUGAGAAGGUUCCCCAGGAUAAAGUCUGUGAUUCUCAAAGGAAAACCAAGGUUUGCAGAUUUCAGCCUGGUUCCUCCUAAUUGGGGGGCUAAUCUGUAUCCUUGGAUCCCGGCAAUGGCACCUGUCUAUCGCUGGCUUGAGAAACUCUACCUGAAGCGCAUGACUGUGACAGACAAGGAUCUGUCUGCCAUCGGAGAUUCUUUUCCUAAUUUUAAACAGCUAAUCUUAGUUUGCUGUGAUGGCUUCACCACCACUGGCCUUGCCAUGAUUGCGAGCAAGUGCAGAUAUUUGACAGAACUCACAUUGAAUGAUGCUGAAGUAACUAACACUAGCGUUGAUUGGAUUGGCUGUUUUCCUGAGACAACAACUUCUUUGGUAUCACUUAGUUUUGAUUGUUUGGAGUGCCCCAUAAACUUUGAUGAACUGGAAAGGCUGGUUGCACGAAGUCCUUUCCUUAAAAAGCUAGGACUGAAUAGAUCUGUCUCUAUAGUACAGCUGCAACGACUUCUUUUGAGAGCACCUCAGCUUACUACUCUUGGAACAGGUUCUUUUGGGUCUGAGUUUUUUCAAGAACAGGGAGAAAAUCUACAUGCUGUUUUUGGCAAUUGCAAGUUGCUUCAGUGUUUGUCAGGUUUUCGUGAAAUUGUCCCAGAGUACCUCCCUGCCAUCUAUCCAGUCUGCUGCAAUUUAACUUUCUUGAAUUUCAGCUUUGCUAUUAUUGGAAGAAGAGAGUUUGAAGAAGUUAUCCGUCAUUGCCAUAAAUUGCAGCGUCUUUGGGUUAUGGAUACAGUUGAAGACAGUGGACUGCAUGCAGCUGCUGAAACAUGUCGGGACUUGAGGGAUCUGCGUGUGUUUCCAGUGGAUGUACAAGAGAAUGGUGUAAGUUGCGUAUCUGACAAAGGUCUUGUUGCCAUUUCAGAGGGUUGUCCAAAUCUUGAAUCUAUUCUCUACUUUUGUCAACAAAUGACCAAUGCUGCAGUGGUGACCAUGUCAAAUAAUUGUCAAAGUUUAGCUGUCUUUCGUCUUUGUAUCAUGGGUCGGUGCAAACCUGAUUAUAUAACUGGUGAACCCAUGGAUGAAGGCUUUGGUGCGAUUGUUAGAAACUGCAAAAACUUGACAAGGUUGGCAGUAUCAGGUCUGCUUACUGACAAAGCAUUUGAAUACUUUGGGACAUUUGGAAAAUCAUUAGAGAUCUUAUCAGUGGCAUUUGCUGGUCAGAGUGACUUAAGUAUGAAAUAUGUGCUGGAUGGAUGCAAAAAUCUUCGAAAACUUGAGAUUAGGGACAGCCCAUUUGGAGAUACUGCACUUUUAUCUGGUUUGCAUCACUAUGAAUCUAUGAGAUUUUUAUGGAUGUCUGAUUGUAAAGUCACUGAGCAUGGCUGCACAGAGCUUGCAAAGAUAAUACCUUCCCUUAAUGUUGAAAUGAUUAGAGAGAACAAAGGAGAAAAUGACUAUCUUGUGGAGAAACUUUAUGUAUAUCGUUCUGUUGCAGGGCCUAGGAAUGAUAAGCCAUCAUUCGUAAUAACCUUUUAACCUGCUACUUUUCUUUAUUUUCUCAUGGCAAUUCUAUUGUUUGGCUAAGCAUUUCAGGGGCUAUUCUCAUGUUCUUUUGAACACAAAGUCCUUGUACAUAUUUUUCACUGCGUAGCCAAAUAUAAUGGCAGAAUAGAGCAGGAACUCCUUCAGUUAUCUUAUUUCAGGCAUUGUAAACCAGGCUAUGAAUACUGGUUUCAUAUCAACUUGAUGCAAAUCUAGCUCAUUCUUGGAAAACCAAUUGAUUAUUGCUCAGGGCACAUCCAUAACCACUCAGUAUCUGAAUGCAACUAUAUAUCUGAAAAUAUUGGUCAUUCAGAACGAUUGGGUAAGGUCCUCUUUAGUUGCAUUUUGAAACAUUUUUUCUGUUUGCAAAUUAAGACAUCAGAAAUGAAUCAUAUCCGUUUUGCUUA